AUCUUUGACACCCAAACAGGUCAGGAGUUCCCUGCUGUGGUAGAGUUUGCCCCCUUCCAGAAAGUCUCCAAAAAAAAGCUCAAAAAGAAAGAUGCCAAAGCUGGAAGUAUCGAGGAAGACCCGGAAUAUAAACGCUUCUUGGAGAACUACUCCUGUGAUGAGGAGAAGUCGAUGGCUAACCCUGAGACGCUCCUGGGGGAAAUCGAGGCCAAAACCAAGGAGCUUAUAGGUAAGCUUUUGAGUAACUAUCAUCAUGUGGUCUCAGAAGUCGGUUCAUACAAAUGAGAUUUCUUCAGAAAGGUACCACUUGCAGGGAUG